AAAGACUGACGACUGAAACACAAAUGGCUUUUUCUAGACGGGUAGCUAUGAACUACGCUAUACAUGUACAGUGUUAUUUACGUACGUCUUUUCCAGUAGCUUUUACACAAACAGGCAGAGGAUGUCUGCUGCUGCUCUGCGUUUGAUCCGCUGUCGGAGACUGAGCACAACUGGGCCGCCUGGUGUGAGGAAAGUGCUACAGUGGAAAGAUUUAAGGAAGGUUGCAAAAGUCACUGGUGCGGUUGUCUUUGGGGGCUGUCUUUUUAUUACUUAUGAGGUCAUUGCCUUGGACAAGGCUGUGACCAUUGACACUAGUGCCAUUCUUCAGGAGAAGUACAAGUCUUACAUUUAUCUGAGAGCCACUCCCUCAGAUGAAAAGGAGAACCUUGCUGCAGGGCUCACACACAAAGCGAGGAGGGAACUACAUAAAGUAGCAAGACGGUUUCUGGAAAUAUCCUCUAGGCUUCUGCUGCAAUCAUUAGAUGAGCACUUCACCCAUGUGGAUGCUGACCCACAUGAAGUGGCAUUAUGGGUCCUGCUGAAGAGGACACAGUCAGCCACUAAAGCCAUCAGACUACAGGCUGUACAGGAGCUUGCUAACAAUCACCACUGGCACGAUUACCAGUACCAGUCAGCAGCCCAGUUUAUAGACCAGAGAACAGCAGUGGGCCUGGCUCGGACUCCUCAGGUAGACCUGCGAUUCUUCCGGCCUCCACCUGCACUGCCUGACCUAGAGGAUGGUUUGUCAGCAGAGGAUGGACUGAGGGAGCUGCUGGCAUCUCUGCCUCAGACUGAGGUGGACCAAUGUGUUCAGUACUUCACCUCACUGGCCCUCAGAGAGAGCACUCAGUCUCUGGCAGCACAGCGGGGGGGUCUGUGGUGUUUUGGUGGUAAUGGGCUGCCCUAUGCUCAGAGCCUCACCUCUGUUCCCUCUGAGAAGGUGGAAUCCUUCUGCCUGCAGGCACUAGUACAGCACUCCAAGGUCCAGAGUCACUGUGACCACAUCGUUGCCAGUGGGGGUCUACAGCUCCUCCAGAUGGUUUAUCAGCUCCGCAGAGACUCCCUAAAGAUCCAGAGGAACAUUGUUCGCAUCAUAGGAAACUUGGCAGUCAAUGAAAGUGUCCACCAGGCAAUAGUGCAGUCUGGCUGGGUUUCUGUCCUGGCUGAGAUGAUGCAGUCUCCUCAUGUCAUGCAGGCGUCUCAUGCAGCUCGUGCUCUCGCCAACCUGGACAGGGAGAUGGUGAAGGAGAAAUACCAAGAUGGUGUCUAUAUCCUCCACCCACAAACACGUGGCAACCAGCCAAUCAAAGCAGAUGUGCUGUUCAUACAUGGGAUUCUAGGGGCAGCCUUUAAGACCUGGCGGCAGAAGGACCAAAAUAUAUUGGAGGAAAAGAAGGACAAAGAAAGCAAGGAGGAUUACGCAGAGUGCUGGCCAAAGUCGUGGUUGGCUGCUGAUUGUCCGAAUCUGAGAGUACUGUCAGUGGAAUAUGACAGCCACCUCAGUGACUGGAUGGCCAAAUGCCCUGUCGAGAAUCAGAGGAAGUCGUUGGCCUACAGAAGUCGAGAGCUGCUAAAUAAGUUAAAGACAGCAGGAGUUGGAGAGAGGCCUGUGGUCUGGGUCGCCCACAGUAUGGGAGGUUUGCUUGUGAAAAAAAUGCUGCUGGAUGCCUCGGAGGAUCCAGAUAUGCAGGGGCUGUUAAAAAACACCAAGGGCAUUAUGUUCUACAGUGUUCCUCACAAUGGCACCGCAAUGGCUGAAUACUCCAUCAAUGUCAGAUAUCUCCUCUUCCCCUCUGUAGAGGUUAGAGAACUUUGUAAAGACUCACCAGCACUGCGCAACCUGAACGAGAACUUUCUGAACAUGGCCAAAGAAAAGGAAUUCAAGGUGCUCAGCUUUGCGGAGACGAUGCCCACAAACAUUGGUCCCAUGAUCAACAUACUCGUGGUACCGACACAGUCAGCAAAUCUCGGCAUCGGGGAUCUGAUUGAGGUGGACGUAGAUCAUCUCAACAUAUGCAAGCCAGAAAAGAAGGACUCAUUCCUGUACAAGCGCAGUCUUCAGUUCAUCCAGGAAGCACUGCAGAGCUACAUCAGCCACUGACUCAACUUAACAUAAAAAAACCCAGUUAAAAUGUACUUGAAUUGGGGGAGAGCACUGUCAUCACUCCCCUCAACCAAAUGGAAACAUAACUGCCUCUCCUUGUUGCACAUUUUAAUGAAUGACCACUAAAGUGAGCAUAGAAUGACUAGAGUAAGACUUAUUUUACACAUGGAUAUUUGUGAUGAAAGAAACCUGGGUGCUGAUUUGUUUUCUCCUACACAUGCUCCAACAUUGGUCUCUCAUUUGUAAGUCUUGUGAAUUUUGCAGAUCACUUGGACAUUUUUAAGGUCAUUAAUACUAUGUUUACAACUUCUACAGAAAGUAUACUCCAGAUUUUAUUUUUGACCCUUUUUCCCCCCAUUUCAUCUUAGACUUACCGGCUUAAAAUUUGACACAUAGUGCUCACACUCUCUUAAAGAUGCGCUGACAUGUCUUUACCACUCAUACUUUUCAGUAUGUCUGACCAGAGCCAUGGUUUAAGAUUUUAUAUUUUAUAUUUAUGUAUUUUAUUCUAACUACACUGACACACUUGUGCCAAAACAUUUCCUUCCUGAGCCUUACCUCAAAUGGACCUGUAUUAAUAUAUUAGUUCAGGUUGCUUUAUUUAUUGCAUAGGACUAAUCAAUUGGUUUUUAAUCUCCAUGUGUUUGCAGUACAAAUUUCCAAUAAUAAUGCUGACAAUAAAAAGUGUAAGAUUGGAGGCUUUAUUUGACUUGUCUAUGUACUGCUCCUCUCAAAACAUCUUUUCAAUGUCUCAUCUUAUAAAAUGUUUACAUUGCAGUUUGGGAUUUUCUUGUUGGUGGAAACUUGACAAUGUCAUAAUGAGAUAAAAUAAGAUGCAUCUUUAUUGAUCCCUCUCGGGAGUAAUUCAAAUUGACAGCAAUAUAGUGGGGGGGAAGUAGCAGCAUAAGGGUGAAAGUGAUCAAAUAAA